CUCGGGGGGACCCUAUGGGAUGCCCAGGGUCGGACCCGGUGGCCGCAUGCAAGGCCAGCGCCCACCCCUCUAUCCUGUCGCUUCGGCCCCUCAACUACUUCUUGGGCACUCCCCAACUCUCCCCGCCACGCCCAGGCACGGGGUGCGGGGCCGUCAGGGGUCUGCGGUAGCAUCCGGGACCCCCCCUCUUCCGGCAGGGGAGAACCCACGUGGGCGAGCGUGGCCUGGCCCCGCCCCGCGGGCAGCGCGGAGGGAUCCGGAGGGAUCCAGAGGGAUCCUCGGGGGUGCGCGGGGCUCACCUGGGUGUGCACGCCGGAAAGGGCAGAGCCGGGGGCUCAGAGCUGGUGUCCGAGCCCCGCCCCGUUCAGGGGAGGCUGCGGCGCCCCCACCCACCCGCGCAUCCACCCACCCAGGUGCGUCUCAUCUCCUCCUGUACACCGGGGGGCGGGGCCGGGGCCGGGCGAGAUCGGGGCUACGCGGGGGCUGCGUGGGGGCGCGAUGGAGGCCCAGCCAGGUCCGGAUUUCGCCAUGCUGCGAGAUCCACAGGCGUCUCCGUGUCUGGGCCCCGACUCGCGCCCGGAACCCCCAGCCCAGCCGAUCCCGAGGACCCCAGGACGACUGGGACUAAGCGGCAGGUCCUGGCCGGCCUGCGAGGAUGCCGUGGCAGCACUGUGCUUCUUGCACGAGGCAGCAGAAGAGCUGUGCGGUACGACCCCCACGCUGGGGUCCUGCUGGGAGCCCCUGCAGGCGCUGGGGACUCUGGGAUCCCCACCUGUGACAGGGGGUGCCAGGAGCAUGCUGACCGCAAAAUGCCAGCAGAGCCACCGCUGCCACCUGGGUUUCCCAGGAGCGCUGGCCCCUGCCUCCCCGAGGCCUCGGAAGCAGCCACACCCCCAGAAGGGCUUGGAGCUGGAGGACCCCCAGUUUCAGGGCGUGACCCUGAAGUUUGAGAUCAAGCCUGAUGCCAGCCUACAUAUCGUGCCCCGCUACAGCCUGGCCUUCAGCAGCGGCUCCAGUUCUCAGAGUCCCCCUGAGGAGGCCCCCAAGAGCCCUGAGGCCAGCCUAGGAGGCAGCGAGGCCCUGGAACCCCGGCGCUGUGCAUCCUGCCGAACCCAGCGGACCCCUCUCUGGAGAGAUGCGGAGGAUGGAACCCCACUUUGCAACGCCUGUGGCAUCAGGUACAAGAAAUACGGCACCCGCUGUGCCAGCUGCUGGCUGGUACCCCGAAAAAACGUGCAACCUAAGCGGCUCUGCAGCAGAUGCGGAACGGCCCUGGGCUCCCCCACAGACCCUGCACAAGAGGACUAAGCCCAGCCCGCGGUCCUGCCUCAGUUUCUCCUCCAGG